AUGCCCAAGCUUCUGCCCAUGGCUGAGGUUCAGGAUCGUAACCGCGUCCGAAUUUCCACGGGCGGCGAAGCCGCUUGGAGGGAGUCCUUUGUUAGUAUGGCGAGCAAUGGCAAUAGCGGUAGUGGACAGUAUCUUAUCACCACAACCAACUACAGUGGUGAUGCCGGAGCCCUCUCCCCCAUGUCCGUCCGUCCGUUCACACCUUCUGAGACCUUUUCCUUCCCUAAGCCUCCAGUACCGUCGUCGUCCACCACAGUACUGGCUCAUCAGGGGGUUGGCUCAUCUAGCACGUCAACAGCAACGCUCGUCCAGCUCAGCCCACCACCCCUAGCAUUCCACCAUGAGCUGGCGUCACCUCCUUCUCCAAUUAGCGACACUGCAGCCGGCCUUCCAUCUGUGCCUGUGAUUGUCGUGAAUCCAUUCGAAGACCCAGUGCCGGCUUUCCCUGACAUAGACACAAUACGCCGUCCAUUCAUGCCAAACAUGGAGGAUGAACUCCUUGUAUUAGUCCGAGACGUCGUACGGAUCUUUCAGGUCUUCGAUGAUGGAUGGGCCUUGGUGGAGAGGAUCAGCGCCAAUGCCGUCGUAGCUGGCAACACUCACAGCCAGCAGCAGCGAGGCUUGAUCCCAGUGGACUGUUUCAGAGAGAUGGGACAGGAGUUGCCUCCCUUCCUUGCACCAAAGAGGUUGUGCGAUUAUGCGACUCCACACGGGAUACGGGCUGCUAUUUGA